AUUUUGACCGUCUUGAUGUUCUUUUUCUCUUUUCUUCAGUGUGAUCCAGGAGAGGCCACUAAACUGCUGUAUGACUUGCUGUACACAGAGCCCAUAAAGAUCGUCUUGAUGCCGGGCUGCAGCUCUGUGUCAACGCUGGUGGCUGAGGCAGCGCGCAUGUGGAACCUUAUAGUGUUUUCAUACGGUUCCAGUUCUCCAGCUUUAUCCAACCGCCAGCGCUUUCCCACUUUCUUCCGUACGCACCCGUCAGCAACUCUGCAUAAUCCCACACGUGUGCGCCUCUUCCAGAAGUGGGGAUGGACAAAGAUUGCCACCAUCCAACAGACCACUGAAGUUUUUACCUCAACUUUGGAUGAUCUGGAGGAGCGUGUGAAGGAGGCCGGCAUCGAGAUAAGCGUUAGACAGAGCUUCCUCACGGAUCCCGCAGUGGCUGUCAAAAACCUGAAGCGUCAAGAUGCAAGAAUCAUAGUCGGCCUCUUUUACGAGACUGAAGCCAGAAAGGUGUUUUGUGAGGUCUUCAAAGAGAAACUCUAUGGUAAGAAGUAUGUUUGGUUCCUCAUCGGCUGGUACGCAGACAACUGGUUUAAGAUCAAAGAUCCAGCCAUCAAUUGCACAGUGGAGAACAUGACGGAAGCCGUGGAAGGGCACGUCACCACUGAAAUCGUAAUGCUAAACCCGGAGACCGUCCGCGGUGCCUCCAACCUGACCUCUCAAGAGUUUCUGGCCCAGCUGAUGUCACGUCUCGGGGGGAAGAACCCAGAAGAAACGGGUGGAUUUCAGGAAGCUCCGCUGGCGUAUGAUGCUGUAUGGGCUCUUGCACUGGCCCUCAAUAAAACAGUGGCCCCCCUGAGGGCCAAAGGCUGGACAUUGGAGGACUUUAACUACAACAACAAGGAAAUCACUGCUGAGAUUUACCGAGCCCUCAACACCAGCUCGUUUGAAGGAGUGUCUGGUCAUGUCGUGUUUGAUGCUCAAGGUUCACGUAUGGCUUGGACUCUCAUUGAGCAACUGCAAGGUGGGAGCUACAAGAAGAUUGGAUACUAUGACAGCACAAAAGGCAACCUGUCCUGGUACGGAAACGACAAAUGGAUCGGCCUCGGCCCUCCGGCAGACCAGACCAAGGUGAUCGAGGAGUUCCGUUACCUUUCCCAGAAGCUCUUUGUAUCAGUGUCUGUCUUUGCCGGGCUGGGAAUCCUUUUGGGCAUAGUCUGCCUCUCCUUCAACAUAUACAACAGUAGCAUCAGAUACAUUCAGAACUCUCAGCCGUAUCUGAACAACAUGACGGCAGUGGGUUGUGUGCUGGCUUUAGCAGCCGUCUUUCCUCUGGGCAUCGAUGGCCUCCAUGUCCAUAGAUCACAGUUCCCUGUGGUCUGCCAGUUUCGCCUGUGGCUGCUAGGACUGGGCUUCAGUUUAGCCUAUGGCAGCAUGUUCACCAAGAUCUGGUGGGUUCACACCGUCUUCACCAAGAAAGAUGAGAAAAAAGAGAAGAGGAAGCACUUGGAGCCGUGGAAGCUAUAUGUGACUGUUGCAGUUCUGCUGGCUAUCGAUGUUCUCUCUCUGCUUAUCUGGCAGAUCAUGGACCCUCUGCACAUAACUGUGGAGAAGUUCACUAAAGAGGCUCCUAAAGAAGAUCUGGAUGUGUUGAUUCAGCCUCUUCUCGAGCACUGCAGUUCAGAGAAGAUGAACACGUGGCUUGGUGUGGUGUAUGGCUACAAGGGACUUCUGCUGCUGCUGGGAAUAUUUCUGGCCUACGAGACCAAGUCCAUUUCCACAGAGAAGAUUAAUGACCAUAGAGCAGUUGGCAUGGCCAUCUACAAUGUAGCUGUGCUGUGCAUGAUUACUGCUCCGGUGACCAUGAUCCUCUCCUCUCAGCAGGACGCUUCAUUUGCAUUCGCCUCUCUGGCCAUUAUCUUCUCUGUCUACAUCACUCUCGUGGUGCUCUUUGUGCCAAAGAUACGGCGUUUGAUCACUCGUGGCGAGUGGCAGUCAGAGCAGCAGGACACGCUGAAAACCGGCUCGUCCAACAACAACGAUGAGGAGAAGUCAAGACAGCUGGAGCGUGAGAACAGGGAACUCCAGAAGAUCAUUCAAGAGAAGGAAGAAAGAGUGACGGAGCUGCGGAAUCAGCUCGCAGAACGUCAGGCCUUGCGGUCUCGCAGACGUCCGUCCGUCCAGAAUCAGAACCAGAACCACAGCGUCCCGUCGUCUCAGGCUGAACCCCCCAGCUACUCCCCCGCAACGGACAAACGGUCUCUGCCUCCGUCCUUCUCCAAUUCUUCCAACCUGUACCAGGGCGAGGGCAAACUGAGCCGAAACAACUGCCACAACAGCCGUCUACCCCUGCUGUACAAAUGAGUACAAAUCCAGGAUGGUGGAAUCUCAAGAAGGCAAUGUAAAGUUGUGUCUGUAGUGUAUGUACUUUAAUUGAUGAGUUUUUGAUUCAGCUUUUGGAUUCCUGACAUUCACUUUUGAUUACUCCCUAUCUAAAAACACAUUAUUUUAAACUGUAUCCAUUCAUAUAAGUUCAAAGGUUAGGGUCAGUAAGAUUUUUUUAAUGUCAAGGCUAAAUUUAAUUGAUCAGAAAAUACAGUUAAAAGUUAUAUUGGGAAAUAUUAUUACAAUUUAAAAAUGUUUUCUAUUUUAAUAUGAUUUAUUCCUGUGAUGCAAUGCUGAAUUUUCAGCAUCAUUACUCCAGUCUUCAGUGUCACACAAUCCCUGAUUUUGG